GUUCAGAUCAGUAGAACUAGACUAAGGUCGAAUCGAUGGAAUCAUCAACUUAACAUAUACAUAUGUUUCUAUAUAAGUUGCAUUUCAAUUGGAUCCGUUUAAAUAGUUGCAUUUUGCAUUUUACAGAGAAAGCGAAAAGGAUACUAUUCAAUCUUCAAAUAUGCUGCUCAAGUGCACUUGGCUUUUGCUUUUGGUCCUGUCUUUGAUGACAGGAGCCUUUGCCAGCAGCGGAUGUCCUGUGGGUUAUAAUUCCGAGAACAAUCGGUGCACUAUUGAGCGUCCCAUCCACGGAUCCUGUCCCACUGGAUCCACCUACAGUCUCAACAUCAAUAAGUGUAUUCACUCCUAAGGAUCUCAACUAAGGAUCUAAUUUCCAUGUUAAAAUGAAGGUGCAGGAAAUAUAAAUUGAUCUAUCUUCAGUUUAGAAAAUGCUAUUUCUUAUAAAAUAUUCUAAAAAUGCUAAGAUUAAAUAUCAGUGAUCUUGAAAAUUA